CAAAAUCUUGAAACAUAUCUGAAAUCCAUCCGAUCCGUUCUCAAAGAUGCAGAGGACCUUCAAAUUACAGACGAUGCAAUCAAACUGUUGCUAGAAGAUCUGAAAAUUGUAAUUUAUGAAAUCGAGGAUGUGUUGAAUUUAUGGAGCUGUAAAGUACGGAAGGCAGAAUCUGUUCGUGCCAAGGUAAAUUGUCUACUUGAAUUCAUUGCAUAUCGUCGUAGUUCUGAUAGAAUAAAGAAGAUUUGUGAAAACUGAGUCCAUUUGAGCUGAAAACAAGCUGGAUCUGGGCAAGAGUAAAAUUAUAUCUCCUCUGCGGAACAAAGAAAGUACUAGCUAUUGUGAUCUAUCAAAAAUUAUUGGUCGAAGCGGAAUAAAAACUGAGUUAGUGUUCCGUUUAGUUUAUGAGGAAGAACAGGGCAGUCAAACUAUCUCCAUAGUGGGGAUGGGAGGUAUUGGCAAAACCGACCUUGCCCGAUUGAUUUACAAUGAUGAACUUCUUAAGACAAGAUUUGACAAAAUGAUUUGGGUGUGUGUUUCCAACCUUUUUGACAAGAAAAAAGUUGCGCGUGAUAUCAUUUUAGCUUUUGAAGAAGAUAAUUUUAGUUUUCCUGUGUACCUCCAAGAUUCAGUUACUUUAGAUUUCCUUCUUGGUAAUCUUAAGCAGAAAAUCAUAGAUACAAGAUUUUUUCUUGUUUUAGAUGAUGUGUGGGCAGACGAUAAUGGAGAUUGGGAAGACCUGCAAGCUGUUUUAAAACAUGGUAAGCCUGGAAGUAAGAUUUUGGUUACUACUCGGAAGGUAUCUGUUGCAAAUACCUUAUCUUGCAAUUCAGGUUUGAUUUAUUAUUUGUCGAGUUUACCUGAUGAAGAUUGUUGGUCAAUUCUUAAGCAAUUUGCAUUUGUUGGAAAGGAUCAACUUUCUCAACAAAAUCGCGAACCCUUGGAAUGCAUUGCAAAGAGAAUUUCAAAGAAAAGUAAAGGUUUGCCACUUGUUGCGAAGGAUCUAGGACAUCACUUACAAAAAAGUGAAGCUAGAUUGUGGAAUGAUAUCAAUGACAAAGAGCUAUGCAAUUUGGCUGUGUGGGAACGUGUUUUGCGUUCUUUAUUCUUGAGUUAUCAUGAUUUGCAUGAUCAAGAAUCGAGACUGUUUCUUGUAUUGUGUUACUUAGCUCCUAGUGGCAAUGUAAAGAGAGAAGAUGAGGUUGAAGCUACAGGUAGAGAGUUCUUUCAACACUUAGCAUCUUGCUCUUUAUUCCAAGAUUUUGUGGAAGAAGAUGACGCUGGCAUUGUUGCAUGUAAGAUGCAUGACAUAAUACAUGAUCCUGUACAGUAUUUGACAAGUAAAGAUUUUGUGAUGAAAGAGGUAAAUAGAUCUGAAAUCAUGAAGUUUCAAUUACCUGCGUAUGAUGCUCGCCACUUGACGGUCAUUCUUGAAGAAGAUCAUUAUUUUCCUCUUUCAAUUAAAGGUGGUAGCAAAUUGCGUAGCCUUUCAAUCUUUUCUGCCUUGGGAACCCGAGUUGUUACAUGCGAUUCUCUGCACCAACUGUUUGUACAAUCUCCGUGCCUAAGGGUGCUAGAUUUGGGCAUGAAUAAUUCAUGUGAUAAUUUGCUUCCCAAGAUUUCAAGCAAAAUAGGUGAUUUGAUACAUUUAAGGCAUCUCAACUUAUUUUGUUGCAAGAUGAUACAUAGACUACGAUACAAUCGCCAAUUGCAUGAUUUGUUAUCCUUGGAUCUUCAUGGAUGCGAUCGUCUUGAAAAACUACCGGAUGGUGUGGGAACUUGA